GAGGCCUGGAUGACUAAACCUGACAGAAACGCUGGUGGGAGGCUCAGGCGGGUGCCAGUGCCCGCGUAGGUCCUGCUCGCCCCGCAGCCACCACCCUCCCGGUGACCAUGAUAGUGUUUGUCAGGUUCAACUCCAGCUAUGGCUUCCCAGUGGAGGUCGAUUCUGACACCAGCAUCUUCCAGCUCAAGGAAGUGGUUGCUAAGCGACAGGGGGUUCCAGCUGACCAGCUGCGUGUGAUUUUUGCUGGGAAGGAGCUGCAGAAUCACCUGACAGUACAGAACUGUGACCUGGAACAACAGAGUAUCGUUCACAUAGUACAGAGACCACGGAGGAAAAGUCACGAAACAAAUGCCUCUGGAGGGGACAAACCCCAGAGCACCCCAGAGGGUUCCGUAUGGGAGCCCAGGGGCUUGACUCGAGUGGACCUCAGCAGCCAUAUCCUGCCAGCGGACUCCGUGGGGCUGGCAGUCAUUCUGGACACAGACAGCAAGAGUGACUCAGAAGCAGCCAGAGGUCCAGCAGCUAAACCCACCUACCACAGCUUUUUUGUCUACUGCAAAGGCCCCUGCCACAAGGUCCAGCCUGGGAAGCUCCGAGUUCAGUGCGGCACCUGCAGGCAAGCAACCCUCACCUUGGCCCAGGUAAGGAAGCAGGAGCAGUGUCUCAGGAGACUGCUCUUGCCCAGAUUAAUAAAUGUCUUUGGGAGCCAUCGUUCCCUGCUUCUGAUUGAGUAGGACCACACAGAAAGGGGGAUGCUAUUCUGGGUGGCUGUGAUAGCACACACAUUUCAUGUCAAAUGUAGCUUUCCUUCUGGGUUUUAUUCUGCUCUGUAAGUUUCUCUGGUACACAGCCAUGUCCUCUGCUACACACACACACACACACACACACACACACACACACACACACACACUACACCAUUUUUUCUGGCUCAGACGUGCAGAAAGGCUUGACCAAGCCCAUCUGCAGCCAUGAUGGGUUCACACUGAUGGGAGUAUUUAACAGAAGAGACUCUGACGUAACAUCUUUGAGUACUGGAAAUGUGUCACAUGUGGAUUUGUGCAGUGGCAGUGUGGCUGCACGUGUCAGAAUACACUAGAGGGCUCAUCCAGGAACAGUGCACAGAGGUUGAUCAAUCAAGUUAUAACUUACUGCUGAUAUAAAUAAUAGUGAUAAUAAUAAUAAUAAUAAUAAU